AUGACCUCGCAUUCCCGCCUGCCUCCCGCCAACCCCGCCCUCGAAAACGAGAAGCUGUGUCUGCUGGAGAGCGAGCGAGCAUUCGCUCGUCUCAAGGCGCUGAACGAGAAGGGCAGUAAGCGCAAGCGCGGGGACUUGCCGUCGCCGUUUGAGGAGGGUCCAGAUGCGGACGAGAGCGCAUCCAAGACGGAGGAGAGGCCUCAGGUCAAGUUCUUUGAGAACUUGGUCUGUGGUAUGUCGAAGCCGCAGGAGGAGAAAGAGGGAGCAGAGGAAGAGAAGGAGAAGCCUCGUAAGAAGGCGAGGACUCGUCGUCGCCGUCACAGAGACAAGCCUGUCACCAACGUCGAGGCGGAUACGGCCGUGGAAGAGGUCUACGAUACUGCUCUGUCAGUGGUCGAGAACAUAGCUGACUCCAUCCCAACUCCCUGGGGCUGGAAGGUCUCAAAGCAGCGCCUUGCUGUAUGCAUCCGCUGCUUCGAAAACGACAGGCGGUGUGACUCCGGGGAGCCAUGCCAGAGCUGUCUGAAGAACUGUGCCAAGUGCCAGCGGGCGAGGUGUGCCAACUACAAGGCUGGCACUUGUUCCGUCCCAACUUGUACAAGGGUACAUGAAGAUGACGAGCGGAAGUACAAGAGGACCGUAAGUGCAGGUCAUGUCAGCAAGAAGGACAUGGUGGCCGGACCCUAG